AUGGCACCUUCAGCAACAUCCCCACCUCCCACCGAAGAUUUAACAAUUCUCACCCUACGCAAAACCUUGACCAGCGAAUCCGAACCCCUCGCGCGCCGUUUCCGCGCCCUCUUCUCUCUCAAACACCUAGCCUGCCAGUCCUCCCUCCCCGCAAUCCAAGCCAUCGCCGCAGCCUUCACGUCUCCUUCCGCGCUCCUAAAACACGAACUCGCGUACUGUCUUGGACAAACGAAGGAUGUAGCUACUGUGCCAUAUUUAAGGGCUGUGCUUGAGAAUAAGGAUGAGGAUGCUAUGGUUCGGCACGAGAGCGCAGAGGCGCUGGGCGCUAUUGGGGAUGUGGGCAGUUUGAAGUUAUUGAGGGAGUUGAGGGAUCAGAAGGAGGAGGUUAAGGAGGUUAGAGAAACAUGCGAGAUUGCUGUGGCGAGGAUUGAGUGGGAAAAUUCAGAGAAGGGAAGGAAGGAGAAGUUACGGCAGAGUGACUUUGCUUCAAUUGACCCGGCGCCCCCGGCGGCACUUUUGGAGGAAAUAGAGACGGUGGAAGCAUUGGGGAAGAAGUUGCUUGAUACGGAGCUGCCUUUAUUCUUGAGAUACAGAGCUAUGUUCAGUCUGAGAGAUCUCGCAUCUCCACCGGAUCUUCCAACAGCUGUUCCUGCCGUCCAUGCCCUUGCAAAGGGCUUCACGGACCCCUCUGCGCUCUUCAGACACGAAAUCGCAUUCGUUUUCGGCCAAUUAUCACACCCAGCAUCUAUCCCCGCUCUUUCCGCAGCUCUUGCUAAUUUGGAGGAGGCUAGUAUGGUUAGACAUGAAGCUGCUGAAGCGCUGGGUAGUCUUGGCGAGGAGGAAGGCGUUGAGGAUAUUCUGAAGCGGUUCUUGGGUGACAAAGACCAGAUUGUGAGGGACAGUGUUAUAGUUGCACUGGAUAUGGCUGAAUUCGAGAAGGGGGGUGAAGUCGAGUAUGCUUUGAUUCCGGAGAAUGUGAUCGCGUAG